AUGUACCCGAAAGUGAUUCUUCUGGGAACAAGCCAUCCGCAUAUCUUUCAUCGCAUCGAUUACCUACGUCAAAAUCACAUCACGGUUCUGGGAUAUUACGAUAGUGAUUCAGAAGUCUCGAGUCGAAUGCAAGAACAUGUCGACUGUCCACGCUCCACAGAUCAUAAGCAACUGCUCAGCCUAGAUUUCGAUAUCGCGAUGAUUCAUGGCCGCGAUCAUGAGAAUCCCGAAUAUAUUCGAUUGGCCAUAGACCAUGGGGCUAAAGGAAUCUUUGUAGAGAAGCCUGGUGCCGCUCAGCCCGACCAGUUCGGGCCUCUUGCAGCCGAAAUUAAAGCUCGGGGGCUUGUUUUUGAGAUUGGAUGGGAGCUGCAUUAUCUUGAAACAGUUGAGUUCGCGCGGGAAGUAAUCAGCCAGUCACUUCUGGGUCAUAUCACCGAAGCCAGAUUUCAUGGCGGUUGUCCCGGAGGUGCCGGGGCCGAACCUUGGCAAUCAAACAAUCAAAACAUCGGAGGUUUUUUCUACAGCCUCGGAGGGCACGUAGUGGAGACUGUGGUUGAUUUGUUUGGUCUGCCAAACCAAGUGGUCUCUUCUAUACGAAAGUUACCGGAACAAAAGCCUCAUGUUGGAUGUUCUUGGGUUCCGGGACUUUUCGAAGGAAAGCAACUCAAUCCCAAAGUGGCAAUUGGAACACUCACUUACGAGGACAUUGCUUCGGCCAUCCUGGAGUACGAUACAAUAAACGUACAUCUUGAUUUCACGGCCUGGGAGUCGAGUGGAUACCUAGUCGACUGGACCAUGGAUAUGUACGGGGUUCAAGGAUCCUUACAUUUGAACUUUGAUGUACCUGGUGGUCAUCUUAUGCUGAAGGAUGCUAAAGGGAGUUGGAAUGCAGGCCAAAAUCCGUUAUAUCCAGAGACAGUUCAUCAGAAGGGUGACAUGCUCAAAGCUGCCUUUUCGAAGCAAAUGAAUUGUUUCUUCGAGCGUGUCGAAGAUCCGAAUUGCGAGGUAGCAAGGUGCGAUGAAGAAAAUGCGCAGAAAUUGCUGCUUCUUUAUCAAGCAUUGUAUGAGUCUGCAAGGACUAGAUGUUGGACUGAGGUGGAAAAAUAA